GGAGGGAGUCGGUGCUGAAGGGUGAAGUAACUUCGCUGUGAGCUCAGUUGAACGGAAGGCGUUGUCUGCCGAAAGAUUAAAGACGAGAAAGGAAGAGUUUGUGUGUGUGUGUGUAGCGGUGUGAGGGAUGCCUCGGCGUAGCCGGGCCCGUGACAACGGGGCUGAGGUGAGCAAGCGAACCCCCCGAGGAAGGAGAAAAGACCCCCAAGUUGAGGAGCCUUCCACACCCACCAGAGAGGCCACAGGAUCUAUGAUGCCACAGGAUCGGUUGCCUAUGAUUGGCUCCUCUGGGAGUAAGCCAGCAGCCAAGCCGACUAUGACAACCCACCAGCGCCCCUCUCAGGCCGCACGGAGGAAGCGCACCCAGACGGGCCAGACCUCCGCCAACCUUCCCCAGGACAGCAUGACCCCGUGGGGCGGACUGUCCCUAUCCGAAUCCUCCUUCACCAGCAUCCCUCCGCCGCCGCCCGCCCCUCUCCCCACACCCCUGCCCCCCCAACUCCCCCGUCACCUGUCGGGGGGUGUCGGUGUCCGGAGCCCUGCCCCCUCACCCCCAGUCACAGCGCCCACAGAGGGGAGCAGGGCUGUGAGGGUGAGGCGCAGGGUGCCCCCCCAGCACAGGCUCCCCCGUGCCCCCCGCUUGCCCCCACUCAGACCCGUCACCAACCUCAGCUUCUCUCGCAGCUUCACCUUCUCCUUCUUUGAGCUGCCGCUGCACCAGUCCCCCCACAGCCGCGCUGAACGCGUCCGAGACCUCAUGCUGCUGCUGAGACAGAUCCAGUACUAACUGACCGCACUACACCGUGACCCAGAGCAGCGACUCAGUACUGACCACAGCAUGGCUAUUAACUAGGACAAUACUUGACCACUCACCGGGACAAUGGUCCAGCUCUGGUUGCAUCACAAUUCCAUCAAGUCCAAGCACUUGCACCGGUGGUCAGGCACGGUCCUUCUGAAAAUGCGGCACUACUGUCCAGUACUGACCGACUUGAUGGCACACCAAGGACCACAACAGGACCAUGGUUAUGUGCAGAUAUUCUGAACCCUUUCUGAUUAACUCAGUCUAGGGAUACUGCUUUUAAAGCACAUUUAUUCUCAGCGUUUGUAUGUUAGUGUGCCCAGUGAUUGGAGUACUAAACAUUUGUGUGUGUGUGUGUGUGUGUGACGUGUUAAGAAUUUGUUUGUUCUUAUUGGCUGUCUGGAUCUGGGGGUGAGGCUUUGAGACAGUGUAGCACGGGUUAAAUGAGGUCAUUUAUCAGAUUAAAACGUAUCAACAAAAAAAUAACAGAUUUAAAAAAAAACAUACCGAGUUAAAACUCUGAAUAAUUGGAUGGUAGAGUUUUAUGUAGCCUGAUAUGCUAAUCAAAGUCUGUCUAAGUUCAUGUUUGUUGCAGUAGUUAUAAUGUGGCAAAUGGUCCCAUUGCCAGUUGGUAAUCAUUCUCUCCCAAGACAUGGUAAUUUAAACAUCUGUAUUUCUCUCUCAAAAUCAUAAGAUUUAUAGCAUUUCGUUUAGUCGUCUUUACACUUUAUAUGAUAUGAAGAAAGUUCAUGUUUGAUCUAAUGUGUCAAUGUUUAUAAUGUAAGGCUGGCAAGAAUUCUCUCCUGAGACUUUUGGGUAGAGCAUUUUUCAACGUCUCCAUUUGUGUCAGAAUUAUUUGGGCGAAUUUGUUUCUAGUCAUUAUGUCACUUUAUAUUCUACAAUGUGAUGUGGCAAAUGGCUAUAAUGCACGGCUCGUUUGAGAGCCUAAGAUGCUUUAUGCAUAUCAGUACAGCAGAAGAAUCAACCCACACCUACAAAAUCAUCAAAAGUGGGGCACACUCAUACUCACACACCUCUAAGCUACUCCACAGAC